AUGAAACGGAGAGCCGCAACCGCUGGAUCAUCAGCGCUUUCUCGUGCAGCAGCACAGCCUCGUCCGCAGAUGUCCAGCACGAAGCGCCGCGCGAUCAUUGGCGCGGCCGCCGCGGCCGUCGUCAUCUUCACGGCGCUCCGGCUGCCGGAGACUCGGCACGACGUGUAUUGGGACAAUCACCGCGCACGGACCCGGAACCACACGAUCGCCGGCCUGGGCCCCGCGGAGGAGGGCACCUGGCGCGGGAGCUUCCAUUUCGUGCAGCUCGCGGACCCGCAACUCGGCAUGCUGCAUCGCGACGCGUCGUGGCGGGAGGAGCUCGCCAUGCUCGCGCUGGCCGUCGAGCAUGUAAACCGACUCAAGCCACGCUUCGUGGUCGUCUCGGGCGACCUCAUCAACGGCUUCCCGGGGAAGCCAGCGGUCCCCGACCAAGUGGAGGCGUUCGAGCGCGCACUCGCGCGCCUCGAACCAUCCAUACCGCUCGUCCUGGAGCCGGGGAACCACGACCUGGGACAGAAGCCGACGGAAGCUGCGGUCCGCGAGUACCAGAAACGCUUCGGCGACGACUACCUGCGGUUCUGGGUCGGCGGCGUGCUGUUUGUGAGUUUGAACUCGCAGCUCAUCAAGGCCGCCGUCGCGGCGCGGAGCGCGGCACACGCGUCCUGGGCCGCGGAGGCCUUUGGGACGCGUGCGGAACGAGUGGUUGUCCUCUCGCACAUCUGCCCCUAUGUCGGUGCGCCGGACGAGGCCGAGGGGUGGGCCAACUGGCCGCUGCCCGCGCGGCGGGCAGUCCUGGCGCACGCCACGCGGGCCGGGGCCCGGCUCUGGCUUUGCGGCCACCUCCACGGCAACGCGGUCGCGCGCCACGGGCGGCUCGAGAUCGUCACGAGCUCUGCGGUCGGGUCCAUGGUCAACUGGACUCUGACGCCGGCGGAGAUAGCUGUCAUGUCCAAACCAGAUUUCCGCACGACCGUCGGCCGUCCAUCCGUCGUCGCCGGGCCGGAAAGCUCGGGGCUGCGCGUCGUCCGCGUGGACGAAGGCGGCUUCCGCCACCGCUGGUACCCCCUCGCGGACGUGCCGGUCCGCCUCGACGACUGUAAGAUGUAG